UGACGUUUUCCCGACACGCCGGCUGCGCUUGCGCUGCAUUUGAAAGCGGCAAGCUGAGGGCAGGAGUCGUGUGUGUGUGUGUAGUGGGUCGCGCGGCUGCUUUCGCCAUGGAGCUGUCUCUGCCUUCCUCCUCUUCCGUGGGUACUGAGCCAAUGACACUGGGUUCCCCUACCUCUCCUAAGCCUGGUGCUGGUGCUCAAUUCCUGCCUGGAUUUUUGAUGGGCGAUUUACCAACUCCUGUGACACCACAGCCUCGAUCCUUCAGCGGCCCUUCCGUUGGUGUGAUGGAAGUGAGGUCACCAUUGCAUGCUGGUGGAUCUCCCCCACAGCCAGUAGUUCCAACACACAAAGAUAAAGGUGGUGCUCCACCAGUUAGAAGUAUAUACGAUGAAGUAGCCAGCCCAGGUCUUGGAUCAACACCCCUGACUUCAAGAAGGCCCGUCAGCUUUUCGGUGACGCAGAGUCCACUUGUUGGAUCUAUGCCAGUGACUCCUGGAACAGGUGCAUCUUACCGCAAUUUGACAGGUGCCAGUGUGUUCAGUCCAGCGACUCUUGCACAACCCAGGAAGAGCACAAUGUCUCCAGCUCAACUAGAUCCAUUCUAUACUCAAGGAGAUGCCCUAACUUCCGAUGAUCAUCUAGAUGACACUUGGGUAACAGUGUUUGGGUUUCCUCAAGCAUCUGCUUCGUACAUCCUACUACAGUUUGCACAGUAUGGAAACAUUUUAAAGCAUGUUAUGUCUAACACAGGAAACUGGAUGCAUAUUCACUAUCAGUCGAAAUUGCAAGCCCGGAAAGCCUUGAGCAAAGACGGAAGAAUUUUUGGUGAAUCCAUCAUGAUUGGAGUGAAGCCUUGUAUAGAUAAAAAUGUGAUGGAAAGCACAGAUAGAUGCACUGUAUCGUCCCCAUCUUCAGCCUUUACGCCACCAAUGAAAACACUGGGCACACCAGUGCAGCUUUCAAGCGCUCAAAGAAUCGCUACUAUGAGACCUCUUGCUACAGCUUAUAAAGCAUCAACCAGUGACUACCAGGUGGUUUCUGACAGACAGACUCCAAGGAAAGAUGAAAGCAUUGUCUCCAAAGCGCUGGAAUACAUGUUUGGCUGGUAGCAGAAGGAACUAAACUUAGCUGGAGCUUGUAAUAGGCUGUCAGUGCCUCUGGUUAGUUGUAUAACCAUUAAUGGCAGCAUUUCAACAUCACCUCUGCCUUCUGAAAAAGAACUCGGCACACAUGUAAUUUGCACUUUAACCGGCAGCUGGAUUUACACUUUAUUCUUAAGAUGUUAAACUGUUGAAACCAGUGUUUAAUAGUCUUACCUUCUAUAGUGAAUGCAUGGUUCAAGUAAAAAUGAACUUUUACCUGACAAGCAAGUCUUGGUUUCAGGACGUGGUAACACUGUUUGUAAUUUCUCAUGGUUUUAUUUCUCGCCUGGAAAUGUGGUAUAAACUCUAGAGGUUGCUGCAUAAAAUGCUGGCAUAGAUUUUGCUAGUUUUAAACCAAAUACUUUAAUUUGAAUGUUGCUCCAAACACAAUCGUGUUUAUAUAAACUUGAUUGGACAGGUUGUUUCUUAAUCUGCAAGUGUCAAACCUUUUGUAUUUCUUAAUAAAAAAAUUGUGGUGCUAUUGA